CCCCUGGCAGUGCCCUCCCCGCUGAGGCUGUGCAAGAAGCGGGUUCGUGGAGAGCGUUGGCAAGAGGCUGACAAAGCGACCAGCCAGCUUCUGCUGGAGACCGACUGGGAGUCCAUCCUGCAGAUCUGUGACCUGAUCCGCCAGGGGGACACGCAGGCAAAAUAUGCUGUGAGUUCCAUCAAGAAGAAAGUCAGUGACAAGAACCCCCACGUGGCCCUGUAUGCCCUAGAGGUCAUGGAGUCCGUGGUGAAGAACUGUGGCCAGACCGUCCACGACGAGGUGGCCAACAAGCAGACCAUGGAGGAGCUGAAGGAGCUGCUGAAGAGGCAGGUGGAAGUCAACGUCCGAAACAAGAUCCUGUACCUGAUCCAGGCCUGGGCGCACGCCUUCCGGAACGAGCCCAAGUACAAGGUGGUCCAGGACACCUACCAGAUCAUGAAGGUGGAGGGACAUGUCUUCCCGGAGUUCAAGGAGAGCGAUGCCAUGUUCGCUGCGGAGAGAGUGAGUCUCUGGUGCCGGGCGAGGGGGCGCUCCGCCACCCGCCCUGUGUCGCAGCACCACUGCCGGGCCUGCGGCCAGAUCUUCUGCGGCAAGUGCUCCUCCCGGUACUCCACCAUCCCCAAGUUCGGCAUCGAGAAGGAGGUGCGCGUGUGCGAGCCCUGCUACGAACAGCUCAACAAGAAAGCGGACGGCAAGGCCCCCCCCACGACGGAGCUGCCCCCGGAGUACCUGACCAGCCCCCUGUCGCAGCAGUCCCAGCUGCCCCCCAAGCGGGACGAGACGGCCCUGCAGGAGGAGGAGGAGCUGCAGCUGGCCCUGGCGCUGUCCCAGUCGGAGGCCGAGGAGAAGGAGAGGAUGAGACACAAGACGGGGUACACAGCAUACCCCAAGGCGGAGCCCACACCCGUGGCCUCGUCCGCGCCCCCCGCCAGCAGCCUGUACGCGUCUCCCCAGAACUCGUCGGCGCCUCUGGCUGAGGACAUGGACCCCGAGCUCGCCCGGUACCUCAACCGGAACUACUGGGAGAAGAAGCAGGAGGAGGCUCGGAAGAGCCCCACGCCCUCCGCCCCCGCAAAAAGCCCCUGGGAGGCCCCGGGGACUGGCCGGCCACUCACCCUCUGUGUCUUCCAGACUUCCCUCCCCGAGACGGACCCUCAGCCCAUAACCUCCUCCGGGGGCCUCUUCAGCGAGCAGCAGUUCCAGAACGGGGAGUCGGAGGAGAGCCACGCGCAGUUCCUGAAGGCCCUGCAGAACGCCGUCAGCACCUUCGUCAACCGCAUGAAGAGCAACCACGCGCGGGGCCGCAGCAUCACCAACGACUCGGCCGUGCUGUCCCUCUUCCAGUCCAUCAACAGCAUGCACCCCCAGCUGCUGGAGCUGCUCAACCAGCUGGACGAGCGCCGGCUGUACUACGAGGGGCUGCAGGACAAGCUGGCGCAGAUCCGAGACGCCCGGGGGGCGCUGAUUUCCGAGAUUCCCCGAACGUUAACAUUCUUCCACAUUUGCUCUCUACACACACACGCCUCUACUGUGCACACUAACGUGCGUUCACUCCAACACCUUCCGGCUGGAGGCUCUGGCUUCCUCCCCUUUCAUCCCCCACCCCCACCCCGUCCCGUGUGGACUGACUUGGGUCCCGGGAUUCGGAAAGGAGUUUCAGGAUCCAGCCCAGGCCUGACAGGCUGCUCGCUGUCCCGAUCCCGGUUCUGGGUUCAGGAGGUGCGGGCAACGCUGCCCGCCCUGCAGUGUCCUGACUCGGCUGGAAUACAGUUGGGUUCAUUCGACUUCACUCAUCGCUGGGGGUCCCCUCCCAUCUGUGUUGAUGUCCUUAUUUCCCUGGGUGAGAAGGUGAAACAUGAACUUGGUUCCAAGUCUCACAACAAAAAAGGAAAACUCGGAGAAAUGCUCCCCAUCUCCGGGGUCUCCCCUCCUCUUCCUCCAGAUCCCAGCGUGGUGAGCACCUACAUGUACCCAGCAGGGGUCCCUGGCGCACAGACAGCCCCCCAGGGCCCAGCCGGACCCGCCGCCAGCCCAGCCUACUCCUCCUACCAGCCCACCCCCACCCAGGGCUAUCAGGCCUUCCCUCCACAGACGGUGCCCUCCCAGCCCCCGCAGCCCGCCGGCGUGGGCUACAUGGGGAGCCAGGCGGUGUCCAUGGGCUACCAGCCCUACAGCAUGCAGAAUCUCAUGACCGCCCUCCCCGGCCAGGACGCAUCUCUGCAGCCCCCGCCGCAGCCCUACAUCUCGGGGCAGCAGCCCAUGUACCAGCAGAUGGCACCUGCUGGCGGCCCUCCCCAGCAGCCUCCGCCCGUGGCCCAGCAGCCGCCCGCACAGGGGCUGCAGGUGCAGGGCAGUGAAGCCCAGCUCAUCUCCUUCGACUGACCAGGCCAGUGCGCUGCCCAGAGUAACACUACGUUCCCCGAGACCACCGCCUCCAUCUGACUAGCGUCCUGUCCCCUCCUCUGCUCUCCUCGCUCUCCCCGCCUCCAUGUAGUGCCCCUGCCCGCCUUUCUGUCCUCACCUGUGCUCACCCCUCGGGCUCCACCUCCUGUCCCUGAGUUGGCCUCCGACCUCCUUCCCCACGGCCGGGCCUGGGGUGGGGGGUGGGGGUGAGCCCCAGCCUGGAUGUCAGGUCCCUUUGCCCCCCACUCCCGCAGGGGCCUAUGGAUGACUAGCGUGUGCCCCCCAGAGCCCUCUAGGGCCCCCCCAGCUGUCAGCAGGGGCUCCUGGCCCCCACAGGAAGGGGGGGCUAGUCUCCAGCUUCUCUGCUUCUGAGCUGUCAUGUCACCCAGUGCCCCAGUUAGACAGAAUGGAUCGGCCAUAAUAAAGUCUCUUCAACAAGUA